CAGAAGGGGAGGAGAAUGGGGAGGAGCUGGGGGGCAGGCAGUCGGGGAGGGAGGGGUCUUAAGGGGCGGCGAGCGCAGGUCGGAUUUCCUCGGAGGCUGCCGAGCAGCGGAGCUCCCACCUUCCCUGAGAGCUCGCUGCAGCCGCCCAGCCCCGCGCCCUCCGGAGACCGGGACGGGACCAUGAUGUGGACACGUUGGCUCGCGCUCGCGCUGGUGGCGGUCGCCUGGGUCCACGCCGAGGAAGAACUCAGGAGCAAAUCCAAGAUCUGUGCCAAUGUGUUUUGUGGAGCCGGCCGGGAAUGUGCAGUCACAGAAAAGGGAGAGCCCACCUGCCUCUGCAUUGAGCAAUGCAAACCUCACAAGAGGCCCGUGUGCGGCAGCAACGGCAAGACCUACCUCAACCACUGUGAGCUGCAUCGAGACGCCUGCCUCACUGGAUCCAAAAUCCAGGUCGAUUAUGAUGGACACUGCAAAGAGAAGAAAUCCGUAAGUCCAUCUGCCAGCCCAGUUGUUUGCUAUCAGUCCAACCGCGAUGAGCUCCGGCGUCGCAUUAUCCAGUGGCUGGAAGCAGAGAUUGUUCCAGAUGGCUGGUUCUCUAAAGGCAGCAACUAUAGUGAAAUCCUAGACAAGUACUUUAAGAAUGUUGAUAAUGGUGACUCUCGCUUGGACUCCAGUGAAUUACUGAAAUUUGUGGAGCAGAAUGAAACUGCCAUCAACAUCACUACCUAUGCAGACCAGGAGAACAACAAACUGCUUAGAGGGCUCUGUGUUGAUGCUCUCAUUGAACUGUCUGACGAAAAUGCUGACUGGAAACUCAGCUUCCAAGAGUUCCUCAAAUGCCUCAACCCGACCUUCAGUCCUCCAGAGAAGAAGUGUGCCCUGGAGGAUGAGACGUACGCAGAUGGAGCAGAGACCGAGGUGGACUGUAACCGCUGCGUCUGUGCCUGUGGAAACUGGGUCUGCACAGCCAUGACCUGUGACGGAAAGAAUCAGAAGGGGGCCCAGACCCAAACAGAGGAGGAGAUGACCAGAUAUGUCCAGGAGCUCCAAAAGCACCAGGAAACAGCUGAAAAGACCAAGAAAACGAGCACCAAAGAGAUCUAAAGAGGAGGCACUUGGGAAGGGUGUCCAGAGCCUGGCACCUUCUCUUCCACUUCAGCGCUGAGUCCAGUAUAUGCAAGUGUCUGCCGCAAUCACCCAAUCACCAGUAUUUGCUUGUAUAGCAAUGAGUUUUUAUUUUGUCUAUUUGUUUUGCAAUAAAGGAAAUGGGGGUGGCUGGCUAGGAGGGGAAGGGCCAUAGCCUUCAUUUCUAGGAGUGCUUUGAGAGAAACUGUACAUGGUGCUCAGGGGCUGGAGACAAGUAAGGAAACUGCAUCAGGCUUGGGAGAGGAGCGGUCCCAGAUCUGAACCCCAGUCUGCCACAGCUAUAAACAUGCUGCCGGGAGUGCAGGCAAUGCCAGACAGAACUUUGCAGGCUGCCCCAGAGGAGGGGUUUGGGAAGCUCACUGGAGAGGAACACAUUCUGCGUCCAGCCCUUCCUGUUGCCAUCGGCGCAACAGACCUCCGGCGUCUGAGCCUCUCAUGGCCCCAACCACUGCCUCUAGCUACACAGCCAUCCUUGUUACCCGGUGUCCCCUAGACUUGGGAGUUUCUGGGAGGGUAUACACAAAUGAUGCAGAUACUUGUAUACUUUGAGCCCCUUAGAGACCUAACCAAAUUUUUAAACUUCUUACCAAAGGUGCUAUUUUUCUGGAAAACUUUUUUUGGCAAGUUGACUUCAUUCUUCAAUUAUUAUCAUUAUAUUAUUGUUGUUUUUUAAUAUUUUAUUUUCUUGACUAGAAAUUAAGCUUUUGUAAUUAUUUUUCAGUAGUCCUACCAUUUCAGGGGUGGGAGGGUUUGGGGUUCUUUCUGGUGCAGGGAUCGCUAUAACCCAGACUCCACCCACCCUGCCAUAUAUUAGAUGCAGCUCAGAGUUUUGUCCCCCUGGCUUCCAGUGGAUCAGCAGUCUGCCAGCGGGUGCCUCAGGCAGAAGCCAGAGGAAUAUGAAGCGUCUCCCUACAAAGCUUUUAAGGUCCAAAAAGCUAAUUUGUUUCCAUUUAUUCUGAUAAGUUCAUGCAAAUCAGUAUUCCAAAGGAUGGAGACAAGUGUAGCCAAGCAGGGCUUAGCCUAUCAAUAUGCUCUUUGAUCCACCACUAACUAGGAGAAUGACUUUGGCCCUGUCUCUUCCUAUUUCUGGGCCUCAGUUUCCUCAGUGAGCAAGUAGGAAUGCAUUAACCUUUCAAUUUGAUAAAUUAUAAAUUCUGAGGUUCUGAUAAUUGGUCCAGAAGGAUACCGAUUCCUAUGAUUUUCCUUCUCCUUAGGAUAAAUGAAACCUUACUGUUACAACAAAAGGGUCAGAUGGCUACAAACAAGAUGACCAAAUCUGACCUCACUCCAGAGGGCUGCACGGGUUGUGCUGUGAUGUAGAGCCCUCUUGGGUAAAGUCUAUCCAGGAAGAGAAUGGGAAAGAGAACCACUUCACUUUGCCUUCACUUUUGCGCUCCAUUCUUAACCUUCUUGGAAACAGAAGUAGCAUUCCCUCUCAAGAUGAGGACAAAAGAUGGUUUCACAUUUUAAAGAGGUGGGUGGUGGGGGGCGGGGAUGGAAAUGGAGUCUUCAAACUGUGAUUGGGAAGAAAUUUAUCAUUCCUAUCUUUUGGACUCUGUGAUUAUUAACCCCACUAUUUAUCAUGUUUAAGAUGCACUUGGAACAACAAAGAUUAAACACUUGACAUAAGAUCUCAUUUUCAGAAAGCAGAUUACAGACCAUGAGAGGGAAAUUAGGUAGAUUGCACUGCCCAGGUGACUCUGAGAAAGUUGUGCUUGAAUGUGGAAUUCCUUCUAAACAAGUUUCCUUGUUCUUCUUUGAAAGGAGAACAUCCCAUUUUGUUUAGAAUUCUGAGCUUUUAUAUGCAUCCCAUCUCAUUUAAAAGCUCUCUUCAAGCCCCACUUGUGCAUGCUGAAAUGCACCUUCCUGUCCAGUUGCCUUGGAGAACUCCGAACAGCACACCUUGAUUGAGUUUUGCCAGCCCUUGGACACUGAGGGAGAGCACAGGAAUACCAGUUUGUUUAAAGCUAGAAGCCAGAGUGUCUCCUCACCAGUUACAUUCAGGACAGUGGUUGCCAUCUAAGACUACCCAACCCUGCAACAUGGAAUUCCCAAGAGCAAAUCUGCAUUCCUCCUGUAAAUAGGGCCGCUAUUGUCUGCACCAUAGAAUCAUACAAUCUGAUGACCAUUCAUGGAAAGCUGCUAAAUAGCCUAGUUUGGGGAGUCUUGCAUAGAGCUUUGCAUGGAGCAAAUAGGAUUAAACCAGGUUCAGUUCCUCCAGCUCUCUACAAGCACAGGGCUUAGACUGCAAGCUUCCUUGGGCUUUCUCAGUGUGUAUAUGAUUUUAUUAACAUAUUACGGCAUCUGCUAAGAUUCAGUGUUCAUGGAAACCUUCUCACAUGCCAUGACUCUGGACUCCAUCACUGUUUUUGGAAAGCAGGGCUCCUCCACCUGCUAAUAAGCCCAUGUGGACAAAUCUGAAUGUCUUUCCUUUACACUUAAGUUUUUAAAUAAUCAAGUUUCAAGAAGCAAAUUUGAACAGGUUUCUGUUGCCUAUGUGUUUGUGAAAUGUAUUUGUAUUAGUAGGCUUCCAUAUUGCAUUUAACUUGUUUUUGUAACUCCUGAUUUUUUUUCUUCCUUUAUUUUUUUUUGGAUACUAUUGAUAAAUAAAGAAAUUAAAACAGUCA